GCUGACCAUCCUUCACCGCUGCUCCCACUCCCACCUACAUCGACUGAAAUCGUUCCUCAGACGGUAAAAUAACCUCGUACACAAUGUCCGCACAGCUUGCUGCGUUCAAGGUUCCUGCGACUGAGAAUGAGCCGAUGUACUCGUAUGCGCUGGGGUCACCAGAGCGGAAGGGUCUUGAGGCUGCUUUGACGGAGAUGCAGCAACAGCUGCCCUUCGAGGUUCCUUGUGUCAUUAACGGCAAACCCGUCAAAACAGGCAAGCUCGGGAAACAGCCUAUCCCCUCCGACCACGCCAAACACCUCUGCACUUACCACGAAGCUGACGAGGCGACCAUCGCGAGCGCUAUCGAAGGUGCGCUUGCUGCAAAGGAGGAAUGGGAGAGCAUGCCCUGGAAUGACAGGGCUGCGAUCUUCCUGAAGGCCGCGGACUUGAUCAGCAAGAAGUAUAGGUAUAAGCUGAUGGCGGCGACGAUAUUGGGUCAGGGAAAGAAUGCGUGGCAGGCGGAGAUCGAUGCGGCUGCUGAGAUGUGUGAUUUCUUCAGGUUUGGAGUGAAGUACGUGGAGGAGCUCUACUCGCAACAACCAUCCAAGAACGCCGCAGGAUGCUGGAACCGCGUUGAGUACCGACCACUCGAAGGUUUCGUCCUUGCAGUCACGCCUUUCAACUUUACUGCCAUUGGCGGUAACCUUUGCGGAGCCCCGGCUCUCGUCGGAAACGUCGUCGUAUGGAAGCCUUCGCCCGCCGCGACCUACGCGAACUACAUCACCCAUCAAAUCCUCCUGGAAGCAGGCAUCCCACCCGGUGUCAUCCAGUUCACUCCCGGCCCUCCCCCUGAGGUCGUCGCUCAAUGCAUUAACAACCCGAACUUCGCGGCAUUGCACUUCACCGGGAGCACAUUCGUGUUCAGGAAGCUGUGGAAGGACAUUGCGAGCAACCUGGACAAGUACAAGGGAUACCCGAGGAUCGUCGGCGAGACUGGGGGAAAGAACUUCCAUCUUAUUCACUCAUCGGCGGAGGUCAAGAACGCUGUCCUUCAGACCGUCCGUGGUGCUUUCGAGUAUCAAGGCCAGAAAUGCUCCGCUCUUUCGCGAGUCUACGUCGCGUCGUCGGUCUGGACCAGUGGCUUCAAGGAUCAGCUCCUCGAACAGGUUGCGAAGAUCAAGGUCGGUGCACCGACUGACUUCUCUAACUUCAUGGGGCCCGUCAUUGGCAGACCUGCAUUCGACAAGAUCACCUCGUACAUCAAGAAGGCGAAGGAUGCUGGUGGAGAGAUCCUCAUCGGUGGCUCGACCGACGACUCGACGGGAUACUUCGUCCAGCCUACUGUCAUUCUGACCAAGGAUCCUAAGUCGGUGACCAUGCAGGAGGAGAUCUUCGGCCCUGUGUUGACCAUCUACGUCUACGAGGAUGCGGACUAUGAGAAGACCAUCGAGCUGAUCAACACCACCUCCGAAUACGCUCUCACUGGUUCAAUCUUCUCAACCGAGCGCAAAGCCCUCCUCUUCGCCACCAACAAGCUCCGCAACGCAGCUGGCAACGUCUACUACAACGAAAAGUGUACGGGUGCCGUCGUCGGCCAGCAGCCGUUCGGUGGUGCGCGUGCGAGCGGGACGAACGAUAAGGCGGGGAGUAUCUCUAUUUUCUACAGGUUCGUCAGCGCGAGGAGUAUCAAGGAGAACUUCUUGCCGUUGGAGGACUUUGGGUAUCCUUCGAACUUGGUCUAAGUUUAUAUUUUGAAAUGGGUCGGCUUGAGGGAUUGGACCCUCGGUCUUGGACACACUGUUUUUGCUCUGUUUAUGUUAUGUAGCGAGGAGAGAAGCAACAAAUGAAUGUAGAAUGUAUUGUUUGUAGCCAUCACUUUCACCAUGC